GUCAAAGAUAUUUUCAAAAAUAGAAAGUGUAAAAGAGAGUGAGGUUUGGGGAAGCGCUGGGUUCGUUAGAUUGUCUGAAGAAAAGGUUGCAAUAUACUAAAUUAAGAAGAGGGAAAGAUGAGGAAAAGUUGCCUGAAAUGGUGGUUAGUUGAAGGUCAAAGUCUAAACCCCACCAAGCCAAUAAAAUUUAGAAAACAAAAACUGCCGACCAACCCCAAAAGCCAAAAGCCCUUUGGAAAUUCCUUCCACCACCAAACCGACUCAUUUUGUUCUUCUUCUCUAAUUCCCCUUUUCUAUCAUGGAAUAAGGAAAGGAGAAACAAACAAACUGUACCAAUUCCCCCCAAAGCCUUGUCUCCGUUCCAAAUCAUCAAUCAAAUCCUCAACUCUCUGACUCCUUUUCAUCCAAUCCUUAAAAUCGUCAGUGGUCUUUUUAAUGUACAAGGAAUUAUCAAAAAAUACCAAAUUUCCCUACAUAUCUAUCUAAGUUGUGUGUGAGAGACUAUGUAAGGGAUGGUAUCAGCUACAAUUAGGCGAAUUGUGUCGCCCUGUUGGAGACCAUCUGAGGGUGAAAUUUCUAGUAGGCAUGGAGAUGCAAGUGGACGUGCUAAUGGUUUGUUGUGGUAUAAAGAUUCAGGAAGACAUGCGAAUGGUGAAUUCUCAAUGGCAGUUAUUCAGGCAAACAAUUUGUUAGAGGAUCAAAGCCAACUUGAAUCCGGCCCCUUGAGCUUAACUGAGGGAAAUCCUCAAGGAACUUUUGUUGGUAUAUAUGAUGGGCAUGGAGGUCCAGAAGCUGCCCGGUUUGUCAAUGACCGUUUAUUCAAUAACAUCAAGAAGUUUACUUCAGAAAAUAAUGGAAUGUCAGCUGAUGUUAUCAAUAAAGCAUUCUUGGCAACUGAAGAAGAAUUUCUUUCUUUGGUAGAGAAGCUGUGGCUGCACAAGCCGCCGAUAGCAUCAGUUGGUUCUUGCUGUUUGAUAGGCAUAAUAUGUAGUGGGGAGCUCUAUAUUGCAAAUGCAGGAGAUUCUCGAGCAGUAUUAGGUAGACUGGAUGAGGCUAUGAAAGAGAUUAAAGCUAUUCAACUAUCCGUGGAGCACAAUGCUAGCCAUGCAUCUGUCAGAGAAGAGUUGCACUCAUUGCAUCCUAAUGAUCCUCAGAUUGUGGUUAUGAAGCACCAGGUCUGGCGCGUGAAGGGUCUGAUUCAGAUUUCAAGAUCCAUUGGUGAUGCCUAUCUAAAGAAGGCAGAGUUUAAUAAAGCACCAUUAUUAGCAAAAUUUCGACUCUCAGAACCCUUUGAUCAGCCAAUCCUUAAAGCUGAACCAGCUAUACUAGUACAGAAACUGUGUCCUCAAGAUCAGUUUCUUAUACUUGCAUCAGAUGGGUUAUGGGAGCAAAUGAGCAAUCAAGAAGCAGUUGACAUUGUCCAGAGCUGUCCACGUAAUGGAGCCGCGAAGAAACUUGUGAAAACUGCACUUUGUGAAGCUGCAAAGAAAAGAGAAAUGAGAUACUCAGACUUGAGAAAGAUUGACCGAGGGGUGAGGAGACAUUUCCAUGAUGACAUCACGGUUAUAGUUUUGUAUCUUGAUUCAAAUUUUUUGUCUCAUGCCAAUUCACGUGUACCCUUGGUUUCGAUCAAAGGAGGUGGUGAUAGUGGUUAUGGUAUUGGUAUUAUAGAUGCCUAGUUCAGGAAUGAACCCAUCCCUCUCUUAAAUUUGUAUUCCAAAUGUACAUUUCCCCUUCCCCUUCCCCCUCCCCCGGGAUAAUAGAAUUAAGAAAGAGUAUCCUCUCUCUCUCUCUCUCUCUCUCUCACACACACACACACUUGUUUUCUUUUCCUUUUCCACCGAGCUUCUUUUUAUGUAUCGUGUUUGGUACUCUCCUCUUUAUUAAUUCCGCAGAAGAUGUUAUCACACUUGAGACACUGGGUCUAACAAUAACAGAUGAGUGAUGUUUUUCUAAUUUAUUUGAGAAAAUUGGAUA